AUGGUGUCCCGCAAGGCCAUGGCUGCCCUGCUGGUGGUGCAUGUGGCCGCCAUGCUGGCCUCCCAGACAGAAGCUUUCGUUCCCUUCUUUACCUACAGCGAACUCCAGAGGAUGCAGGAAAAGGAGCAGAACAGAGGGCAAAAGAAAUCCCUGAGUGUACAGGAGAGGCCUGAGGAAGUGGAUCCUCUUAACCUUGUGAAGCCCCAAGAGGGAGAAAGAGUUAUCAAACUGAAUUCUCCUGUGGAAAUUGGAAUGAGGAUGAACUCCAGGCAGCUGGAAAAGUACUGGUCCACCGUGGGAGGGCUGCUGAACGAGGUGCUGCUGUCCACCCAGAACGAGACCAAGUGAUGCCCACUCCAGGGAGAAGGCGGACUAACUAGGAGCCCCCUCCCAUUCGAGGGAGGCCUGGAAACCUGUGGUCCAUCCACUGCAUUUAGAAGGAAAACACCCUCCAGCAAAUAAAGCAUGAAACAUACAGAAACAACUCUUUUUAAUAUUUUAAUUUCCAAAGGUCAGACUCAGGUGUUGCCAUAAAAGGGGAAAAACAAAAUUCAGAGGGAGUUGCCCUAAAUGGUGCAUACAGCAGCAAAAGCUGUGCCUUUGUAAGUUCUCUGUUUAAAUAUUAACUUAAGACUCAUGGAACUGGAAUGUCUGUGCCAGUCCUUCCACUAGUGAGGAAACUGAGGCCCAGAGAGAUGGCAUUUUUUUG